AUGUUUAUAAUUUUUUUAAUCUAAGCUAUUUACUCGUUAAAUGCUGAGAACUUUUUGUGUGGACUACGCCUAUUUUAUGAAGAAUAAACAUUCUUUUUGAUUGAUUAAUAGAAUUAGAAGUAAUAAGUUUAUUUAAUUGCUGAGUACGAUGCCUUAUAUACUAACUAGCCAAUCACCUCAUUUCGCAUUAGAUAUCUAAUAAAGUUAUAAGUCCUCACCAAGUUUGAAUAAUAACUCAUAUUUCUUGGUGGGAUUUACUGAUGCUUACAUUUUCGCAGGCAAUGCUAGCGAAAUUUAAUGGUUAUCAAUCUAAGAGUUCAAAGUAAAGUAGAAUAGAACCACUGCUUCUGUUCACCUCUAUAAUGGUUAUAAUGGAUAUUUUGUUGAUAAAGAAGAGGAUGGAGGCCAUUUACUAAUAUCCAAAGAAAAUUUGGUGAGAGAAUUUUCUUUUGGUAAAACGGAUGCUGUAGAUAAAUUCGAGAAAAUGGGCUUUAUAUAUAUAGUAUCAUGGGGAGGUAAAGGGGAUGCUAUGUUGAUUUUAAAGCGGUUUGUACAUUUCAUCAGUCAAUCAGAAGACCAGGAAUAUUGCUAAUAAAAGGUCGCUUCAAUUUCAUUAGAAUAAAUCAAAUGUAAUUUGGAUAAUAAUUUUGAACGCUUAACUUUUCAUACACCUGACCUAUAUCAUCCUCCUAUACACUAUCAUCUGGGUAAUUAGAUAAUUAAUGGAUCUUUGGACAAUGAGUAUUUUACAAAAAACUAUCCAGGACUUCAAGUUUUUGUUGCAUAGAAUUUGAAUAACAAAGUCCUUGAGUUGAGAAUACCUAUUUAAAAUAUGGAAACUCAUUAAUAAACUAUUGAUUAUCCUCAAAGUGGAUUAAUCGUGACUCUUUAAUAAGAAAAUAGAGGAUUUAUUCAUAUUCUAAUUUUUGAAAGUGAGGAAGGGAUUGUAAUCAAUUAUAAAGAAGAUGACAAUUUAGCUUAUAUAACUAUUGGUAUGACUGAUUCAAAAGUCUUCGUUUUUUCAUUUGUUACUUCAUAGUUUGCUAAAUUUCCUUCAAGUGAUUUGAUUGAGCAUGUAUUUUAAGAUUGCAUAUUCAUAAUUCAUCAGAGAAACAAUGUCUGUGAAAAUCCUCAACAGCAAUGUUCUGAUGCUUCAUUAGACUUUUUUAAAUAAUUACCAUUUGAUUUGCAAUCUGAUUAAAUAAUUAAAUUCAAAACUAAUGAUUAAUUUUAGGACACACCAUUCGUUGAAAUUUUUGAUAAUACAGCAGUUGUUUAGAAUGAUUUUACAGUGUUAUUUUCUUCUGAAAUUAAUAAUAGAGAAAUGAAUCAUGGUGGAUAUAUUGGGUCAUAUCUAAGAAUUACAUAUAAGUAAUAAAGCAUUAAUUCUUUAAUAAUUAAUGAACAAAAUGAAAAUUUAGAAGCGUUUUACAGUAUUAAUGAUAAUGUUUGUAAGUUUAUCCUAUAUACUUUAGAUUCUCAUUCAAUUUAGAAUAUUAUUGGAAGAACUUAUGUUCUGGUAUUUACGUCUUAAAAUGAAUUUACAGACAUAUAAUGUUUAUAAUUGUUUAGAGAAUUCAUAGAUCAUAUUUAAAAGACAUUUAUAAUGGAAUAGAGUAAAUUAUUAACUAAUAAAUAUAGUUGAAAAUCAUUGUGAAGCUUCACAAAAAUAUUAUGAUGUCAAGCCUAUAUAGUAUAAAGAAAUACAUAAAUAAUUAAAGUAGCCAACUGAGUUGAUUCAAAAAGUUGAAUAGAAUUAAUUUGAUUAAAAUGAUUUAGAAUAUUCUACAGAUGAGGAUGAAAAUAUUCAAAAAGAUGUCGAUAUUAAUUCGGAAUAAUCAGGAUCUUUUAGCGAAGCUUCUUUAAUGCCAGAAGAAAGUCAUCCGUAACCUUAAUAAGAUGUAGAGACAACAGAUAAAUAAAAUACAAUUAUUUAGUAACCAAUUUAAAAAGAAAAAUCGGAUAAUGAAAAAUCAUAAGAAUAAAUAUAAAAAUUGUAAUAGCAUUAAUAGUAAUAGUAAUAAUUUUAAUAAUAGUAAUAAUAAUAAUUGUAAUAAUAGUAAUAAUAAUAAUAGUAAUAAUAAUAAUAAUAAUAAUAAUAAUAAUAAUAAUAAUAAUAAUAAUAAUAAUAAUAAUAUUAACCAAAAUAAAUUUAUUCUAGUAAAAAAGAAUAAUAAGAUUAAUAGGAAAGAUAAAAAGAAAUUUAAUAAAGCAAAUAAUAAAAAUAAUAGUCGAAUACUUAAGAGUCUUAAAAUUUAAGAAAAUAAUAAUAAUUAUAAAAAAUUGAUGAGGAAAUUUUGAAAGAAGAGAUUUAUUAAAAGCUCUAAGCUUAAAAUGAUGAGUAAUAUCAUCAAAAAGAGAAAGAUAAUUCCUAAAAUGAGGAAUAUUAUUAGGGCGGUGUUAGAUAUUUAAAUACCGGGUAUUAUUAGAAAGACUAUGGAAGAAGAGACGAGUAUUAAGGAAGAGAAGAUGAUUAUUCUGGAAGACACAGUGGUAGAAGAGGACCUCCCUUAACUGGUUAGAGUGUGACAAUACCAAAAAACCCAAACGAUUAAGAGUUGGGGAGGUUCUUAAGAGAAGUAAUCAGCAAAUUAUAGUAAAAUAAAUUACAUUUAUUAAGUAUUUAUUCAGAUCCAUGUGAUGCAAAAUCCUCAAACUACAGUCCAGAUAAUUGUAAUGCAGAUAAUUAGUAUGGUUCUUCUUCAAUAAAAAGAACAGAACCAAGACAAAGAGAUUUUUAUCGAAGUGCUUAUAAAUAUGACAAUAGAUAUGAAUAUAGAGGUACUUAUUAACUUUCAUAUAGCCUGUAUCACUGUAUAUAGUAAAUGUCAAUUUCAGGGAGAAUCUUUAUAACUUUGUGGACACUAAAGGAAUAUUCCAAAAUCAUAAUUAUAUUUAGAUAUUUUAUCAAUAAGGGCUGAUGAGAACUACAUAGUUGAGUUUUAUAUGAAAGGAAGGGAUGGAAGAUCAGAAUUAUAUACAUUGAAAGGUACUUAAAAAUGUUUAAAGUCUCCAUUAAGAGUUGAUUGGCUAUUGCAAUGA